AUAGCAGGAUAGUCAGUCCUACGUAUGAGGAUCAUGGAUCAUGAUCACGGAUAUGCAUCAUUUGCAUUGCAGCCGAGUACCGAAAUGAUGGAACUACGUCCUAUCUAAUGGUUUUUUCUGCUCUGACGUCAGUUUCAUCGGUCGUGCCCGCUACUCCUAUUAUUCUUGCUUCGACAUUGUUGGCUGUCUCAUCGUCACCACCACCUAUAUUUGUUUCGUCAGAUAUGUUGACCGUUCCAUCGUCACCGCCACCCAUCCGUGAUGUUUGCGGAUCAAUGCCCAGUUCGUCUGCCAAGCCGGGACAGCGAUCCUCUUCCGGAACGUCAUUGUUGACCGUCCCAUCGUCAUCACCACCAAUCUGUGAUGUUUCCGGAUCAAUGCCCAGUUCGUCUGCCAAGCCGGGACAGCGAUCCUCUUCCGGAAGGUCAUUGUUGACCGCUUCAUCGCCACCAUCAACCAUCCCUGAUGUUUCCGGUACGUUCCUUUUCGAUGGAUCUUUGUCCGAUUCGUCAGCCAUACCGGGACAGCGAUUCACUUCCGAUUCGUCAGCUAUGCCGGGACAGCGAUUCUCUUCCGGAUCGUCAUCCUCAACCAGUCUGCCGUCUUUACCUGAUACUUUUUCAUCAUCCGGUGUACAUGAGUGUGUUAUAACUCGAAAACAAGUGGACAAUCUUAUUAAGCUAUCGAAGCAGACUACGGCUCGAAAUUAUGUUUUACGCAAUGGAUACUAUAGCAGGGACAACAUCACGCAAUGCAGCCAUUACUGCCAUUGAUACAGAAGAGGCAUUAGAAGCAUUUAAUGCUAACUUAGAAGCUAACACGUAUGUGACUGAGAUGCUCAGUUCACUUUUGAAUACAAUAGGUCGUAUAAAAUAUGUAAAAG